AUGGGGCCCAAGGGCCCCGAUCUGGGCCAGGAGGGCACCGCCGCCAAGCAGCCGCGCCGCCGCCGCCGCGCCACCCAAGGGGCCACGCCGCCGCCGGAUCCACUGUCCGAGCAGCACCGCCGCCAUCGGGAGGCCCCCGCGCCUCCCCAUGCGCGCGCGGGGAAAGAAUGCUCCGCCGGCGCCUGCGCCGCGCGGGCAUGGCCCGGCGGCAGCGGGGAAAGAGGGCCGAGGAGGUGGGGGCAGAGGAGAGGGGCCAGAGGCCCGCCCGUCGCCCGUGGGGGGAGCGGGGGAGAGGGAGGGGGGAGGUGGAGCGAGAGGCUUGCGGCCGGCGGCCGGCGGCGGGGGGUGGGGUGGGGGGAGCGGGGAGGAACCCUAGGGAGCGGGAGCCUUCCGCGCGUCAACUCUGUAAGUUGUGAAUUCAGUGACCAGGGCUCACGAUGUUAG